AUGGCAAACAAUAGUGAUGUAAAAUCUAUUAUGUCGAUAUGCUCAAAGUCAGACGGCAGUACUGCAGCAUUGUCCCGUCUGCGCUGGCGCAACGCCCCUCUGCAUGAAAGAUGUUCCAUGCCGGAUAUGGUAAACAUCAAAGAAGCUUUUCAACAGGCAUACAUGAAUAAAAUGCCACCUUCUGAGUUCAGAAAUUUGUUGAGGACAUUACUUAAUGUAGAAUACGAUGAUGAGGAUUUCAAUAUUUUAUUUAUGAAGAUAAACACAUCACGCACCGGAGAGAUCGACUGGGACGAGCUGGUAUCCCAUCUUAUACUAGGAUACUUCGCUAAUGAUCCUGAAAACCAACGCCCCUCUCUACAACAACCAAUAAUGGGACUCCCUACUGUAAUGCGUUCACAGCAUCGACAUCCCAUCUCCAAGAUAUGCUUUUGUCCAGAUGUAGACAAGGCUGGU